CUCCGGGAAGGGGCGGUCUCAGGGAAGUAAAUCGCAAGGCCAGCGCGUCUUUCAGCCUCACCUGCGUCUGCAUCUGCCCUGCACCUGGAGCUUUGCCUUUCUCCCGGUAGGGCGGACGCUGACUCGAAAGGUGACGGCUCGUCAUGGCCUACCCGGGAUACGGAGGAGCGUUUGGAAAUUUUAGUGGUCAGAUGCCAGGAAUGCAGAUGCAGAUGGGACAGCCAGUGCCAGGAACAGGGGCAAACCUGCUGCCUGGUGGAUACCCAGCGUAUUCCGACAGUUAUUCCUCAGAGGGAGACCCCAUGUGGACGUACUUCACUGCUGUUGCUGGACAGGAUGGUGAAGUGGAUGCUGAGGAACUUCAGAAAUGUUUGACACAGUCUGGAAUUAAUGGAACUUAUUCUCCCUUUAGUUUGGAAACCUGCAGAAUUAUGAUCGCCAUGUUGGAUAGAGAUUACACAGGAAAAAUGGGAUUUAAUGAAUUCAAAGAACUUUGGGCAGCUCUUAAUGCCUGGAAGCAAAACUUCAUAACUAUUGAUCGAGAUCAAAGUGGCACAGUGGAACAUCAUGAAUUGAAUCAAGCCAUCACUAGUAUGGGUUACAGGUUGAGUCCUCAAACAUUAACUGCUAUUGUUAAAAGGUACAGCAAGAAUGGCCAAAUCUUCUUUGAUGAUUAUGUUGCUUGCUGUGUGAAGCUUCGAGCAUUGACAGAUUUCUUUAGGAGAAGAGACCACUUGCAACAAGGGGUUGUGAAUUUUGUAUAUGACGAUUUUUUGCAGGGUACAAUGGCAAUUUGAAUGUCUAGAAUUUGAAAGCUGAAGAACAAUUGUGAAUUUUUUUACCUGGAAGAAAUGAACUGGACUACCUUGAAUUUGAAGCUUUGGGAGUUUUUCUGUGUUUCUGCCUGUUAAAUCUGUUCCCUUUCUAUGUGUUUUUACUUUAGUGUAUAGUUCAAAGCAGUAAAAGAAGUGUUUUUGUAUUUGGAAUAUUAAUUGCUUUUAGAAAAGUUAUUGCUUAACAGAUAUCUGUAUAGUAUCAUAAAAUAUGGGUAUGUUGAUAAAUUGAUAUAAAUACCUUUUAACCUUAAUUUUUAACAUUGUUAACCCAGAAUAAUGUACUUACAAGGGAGUAUUUAAGAAGCCAAAUAAUGAAAGUCUCGAUAAAGUUAAUGUAUACUUACCGGAAGGUUAUAAAUUACACUUUGAAAUUUUGUUUGUCGUUGUUGGUUGUGAACGUGAGCUAGAAGGAGAAGCCUGGAUUUUGUGCCAUAUUUGUAAAAGAGUUUAUUCCUUGAUCACGUAAUUCAAAAAAAGAAACUCACUGGUCUUUGUCUAUGAAGAGACAAAAUUCCUAAAAUUUUAUGUCACAUCACCUUAGGUUUGCCAUAAAUUAACCUAUAGAAAUAAGGCUCCAGGAGGCAUUUUUUCCCUUUGUUUUUGUCAGUGCUUAUUUUUUUCAAUAUGCUUUUUUGUCUUCUAUGGAAAAAAAGUUCUUAGUAAGCAGUAUAGCCUAAAACGGCAUCUUCCUUUUAAAUCUAGACUUUGUGGAAGUGAUACGUAUUUUAAACGAAAUGUCAACAUUUCAAUGUAUUCUGUGAAGCUAAAUUGUUUUAUAUAUAAUGCCAACUGUUUACAAAGUUAAAAAAUCAAGUAACCUACCACUUUGUUUAAAUGUUCAGAAAUUAGAAGUUUGACUUUCUCACCAUUAGCUGCGGGUUUACCAUUAGCAUCGGUAAACCGGUAAGUCGUUGAGCGCAGGUGUGUAAUGAGGGGGUAGUGAGCACAGUAGGCACCGUGGCCUGUUUUCUGUGGCAUUACUGUGGAAAGUUGCAAAGUGGUCAUCAGAUCCUUAGCAUUUAAGAUCUCUGGUGUGAGCUGUUGUAAUUAAUCCAGCCGCCUUCCUGGCAAACUUUGUCUUUCUUAGUGAAGAUUUAAAACACCAUGUAUUUUUCUUACACUUUAGCUGAAUGUCUUCUGGCUUAAAAUGGGAGUACAGAUUGACAUGAUUUUAGUGUGACUGGUGACCAAAUUAAAUAUGCUUUUUGUAAAAUUCUGUGUUUCUUAAAGAAUGGAGGGUGAAUGGCAGUAUCUUGAAAGAAAACUUUUUAUAAACUCACAGAAUUUUAAAAAAAUCAGCUUUUAACAGUCCUGGAAAGGAAGUAUCAGAUAGUCAUUUUGAUAUUAUAAUUUUGUAUAAUUAGCUGUCAGAUUCAUUUGGUCAGCAGUAAAAAAUGUAUGACAAAUCAUCCAUAUACUUUUGUCCUCUGGCUGUUAAGUGUUUUUCCAUGAACAUAUAUUCGAUAAUGUGAGAGGAUGUUAACUGAGCCAUAAAAAAAAUACAGGAUUCGAAUUAGAAGUCUUGUUGGAAAAACUAAUGUGAACACACUCUUAUCAUUCAUGUUGAGUAAGGGUGAUAAUGUGACUUAGCAGCCUGGGAUCUUAACAUCCAGCUUAUAGGUACAGAACCGUGCUGUUCUGAGGUCUGUUAUAAUUUUUCUUACUUGGAGUCUAAUGGUUGAGGAAAAACUUUAAAAAUGAGCUAGGGUAUAUUCUUCGUAGAAGUUUCUGCCAGAUGACACUUUGUAUUAGAACUCUUUACACGAUUCUCUGACAUCCUCUUCCAAAGGCCUUCCUAUGAGUUUGGUGGUAGAUCUGUGAAGGAGUUUCGAUGAUCAAACAUUAUUUGGGAAAUUUUCACCCUUUUCAGGGAGCUUGAUAGAGCCUAAGGUUCACAAAAUCCUGUUUACUUUCAUUUGACCUAGUUUUUUCCAAACUUUUUUGACCACAGAACCCCUUUCUCUAGCAAAACUGAUUUUCCAUGCCAAUCCAACUUACUUGUCAGACAGUUCUUUUGCGCUUUCCAUUAAAUAGAUAAUCUUACCAAACAUUAGCCAUUGAGAAUAUUUUACUUGGACUUUUAUACUGAAAUGCAGUUCAUUUUUUGAUGCUCUCAAGAUAAUUGAUGUAAACAGAUAUCCAUUACUAAAGUAAAAAUUAAAUAGUCCGGUGAUGAACAAUGACUGGAAUAUGAAUAUAGUGUGGUAAUUUGUACUGUUUAACUCAUACGCGUUUUCUUGUCAUGAUGUAAAUUAUUGAAUAAUGUACACUCUUAACAUCUAAGUGCUUUUAUUUAUGCAGUAAACAUGUUUCCAUGUCAUUUUGAGAAUUUUUUAAUAAACAUUCAAAGAGCUUGCGGUAAAGUUUGUAUCAUACAAAAUCUGUUACAUAUAUGAGAUGUUUCAGUUCAAAUAACAGUGCAGUAAUUCACCUGUGCCUAUAAACUGCCAAAUAAUUAAAUGUCAGGUAUUGUACGUCUAUUUUGAGUGGCAGUUUAACACAUUUUAAAUUACAUCAAGGGGAAAUCAAUACUACUGGAAUCUUAAUUUGGUCCACUUUAAGUGUAAUUUCGAGGUCUGUGCUCAUGUGAUCUAUUUAAGCAUGCAUUCAGAAACAAAAAGUAAUUUAAAAAAGUCAAAUGAUAUGUUUAUUUCCAGAAAAGGUAUUCACCCUGGAAGAAAGUAGAAUUUAUUAAUGUAGUUUAAAGUCUGUGCAAUUUAAAAAAAUGGCAAAAAAAUCAAUUCGUGAUUAUUUAAGUAAAAUAUACAAAUCAAGUUCCCUUGCACUCUUAUGGCAUUACUAAACUGGACGAACUAAAUACAUGCUGUUUGUCAGAAA